AAAUUACAUAUUUCCGGUGGUUAGCUGAAACUCGUCUGUAGUAAACCACCUACUGAAGUCACCUGGCUGAAGAGAGCACUACCUGACAUUGAUAAAGAACCAUUAAUUGUUCUGCCUGCCUGCCUGUCUCUCCCACCUGUUACAAUGGCAUCAGUGUCUGUGGCCAACACCAACUUCUCUCUGGAGCUGUUCAAGAAGAUCACAGAGAGCAACAAAACAGGCAAUAUCUUCUACUCCCCUCUCAGCAUCUCUUCUGCCCUGGCCAUGGUGUCCCUGGGAGCCAGAGGUAACACUGCUACCCAGAUGUCAGAGGUCCUCUGCUUUGUCAAAGCAGACAAAUCUAAAAAGGCUGACCCAGGACUACUCCAGCAAGUACAAAAGCCCCAGCUUCCGCUGGCUCUGAUAAAGUCCCUGCACCUCCACAAAGCUACGGAUAACGUCCAUGUCGGCUUCAGCAAACUCAUGAGUGAACUGAACAAGAAGGGAGCCCCGUACGCACUGAGCCUGGCCAAUCGCCUAUACGGAGAGCAGUCUUACCAGUUUGUUGAGACUUUCCUCGGCGACACCAAGAAGCACUACAAUGCCGAGCUGGAGGCUGUGGACUUCAAGUCCAAUGCGGAGACUGCCAGACAGAACAUUAACGCCUGGGUGGAGAACCAGACCGCAGAGAAAAUCAAGAACCUAUUGGCGGAAGGGAUUGUCGACCACCUGACCAGACUAGUGUUGGUGAAUGCCAUCUACUUCAAGGGCAACUGGGAGAAGAAGUUCAAAGAGACCAGCACCAGCGAUGCCCUGUUCAAACUGAACAAGAAUGAGAGUAAGCCAGUGAAAAUGAUGCAUCAGAAGGCCAAGUUCCCCCUGACCUUCAUCCCAGAGGCCAACUGCCAGAUUCUGGAGCUGCCCUACGUAGGGAACGAACUGAGCAUGCUCAUCAUGCUACCUAAUGAGAUGGAGGAUGACACCACUGGUCUGAAGAAGCUGGAGAAGGAGCUGACAUACAAUAACCUUGUGGAGUGGACCAGGCCUGACAUGAUGGACACAGUGGAGGUUCAGGUGGGCCUGCCCAAGUUCAAGCUGGAGGAGAGCCUGGACCUGAAGGACUUGCUGGUCAGCAUGGGCAUGACGGACGCCUUCGACGACUCCAAAAGUGACUUCUCGGGCAUGUCGCCCAGCAACGACCUGGUGCUGUCCGAGGUGAUUCACAAGGCCUUUGUGGAGGUCAACGAGGAGGGAACAGAGGCAGCGGGCGCCACAGCCGCCAUCAUGAUGAUGCGCUGUGCCAUGAGGACACCAAAAUUUGUUGCCGACCACCCCUUCCUCUUCUUCAUCCGACACAACCCCACCCAGAGCAUUCUGUUCUACGGUCGCUACUGCUCCCCUAUAUAGGAAAUGGGACAUUCCACGUGGAGGGAGGAAGGGGUAUUAAUAGUAUAUACUGCAGCAGCUACAUCAAUAUCCCAUCUGUGUGCUUGAUUAUAUGCUUUGAUGUCAACGCCUUACCAAAGAAUUGAAGAGUUGAGUGUAUUGGCCCUCUGUAGCUCAGUUGGUAGAGCAUGGUGUUUGCAACACCAGGGUUGUGGGUUCGAUUCCCACGGGGCGCCA